AUGUUUAUUCUUGACGAUAAUCAGUUGUCCACAACUAUAUGUCAUGCCUAUAAUCUUCAGAAGUCAGGCUACAAUUUAGAUUUGUUGGGUGCAGAGAAGAUUUUGCCGGAAGGCAAUGAUGCUGACACUGAUAUGGCAUGUGGUGGACUGCAGGAUGAAUCUGCAGUUGCAGUGAUGUGCUCAGCAUCAUCUGACAUCUGUGAUACCUCUGUAGUUGGUAGUGUUCAUAGAAGAAGACCGCGCUUGAAAGAUGCAAAUAGUGUUGUUAGUGUUCUCACUGCUGUUGAUUCAUUUGAACUGCAAUCUUUAAAUAAGCCUUUGUUGAGAAGCAUGCUAAAAGGUGAUUUCCCCAACGCAGCAUUUUUACUCAGGCAGUUGCUGAUCGCCUCUUCUGCUAUUAUGAGGCUAAAUUUGCAUAUUAAGAGCGCUCCCAUGUUGUCAAGCUUGGUGCAUAAGUUUGCUGGCAUUAUGUGGAAUCAGCGGACGCAAUUCAGAGAUUUGUUUGACAAGAUGGUUCAGCUACAGUUCGGGCUCGAGGGAGAUGCAUAACUUUACAAGGGAAAAGGGCAACUCUUGCAUCUCAUGAAACAAGCACAAACACACCCAUGGGAGAAAGGAGAUUUUCUGAAGC